AUUCAUGAGCCAGGCCUUCGGCGUAGUAGCGCGCGCUUGGUUCGCAUCCUGGACCGAGCGCCACGUCGCACAGCGGAGAAGCGUCCUCCGAUCAGCGUCGAUCUGGAGAGGAAUGCGCUGAAAACAUCCGAGCAAUCAUGGUGAAGAGCGUGAAUUCAGAAGCUCAGUCCAAGACUGAAACAUAUGAAGGAGAAGAAGAACACACAGAAACCCAUCCGCCUGCAGCAGAUGGCGGGAAAGAGCACCCUGUGGCUCCGCCCGCAAUGAUCUGGCGCGUGACCGGCGGUCUCUUCAGCGCCACGAAGGGCGUGGUCGGAGCCACGGUGGGCGGAGUCGCCUGGCUGGGCGGGAAAAGUUAUGAGAUCACCAAAUCAGCAGUGACUGCAGUGCCCUCGGUGGGCGUCGGCCUGGUGAAGGGCGGAGUUUCAGCGGUGGCGGGGGGCGUGUCCACGGUGGGAUCGACAGUAGCCAAUAAAGUUCCAUUCACAGGAAAGAAGAAAGACAAAUCGGAGUGAAAAGAGGAGGGUUCUAACAACUCUCUUUCUGUUUUGAUUGGUCACCAGAGAGGUUGAUGGAUAUUUCUGACCAAUCAACGUCCAAGACAUUUGCGCAAAUGGGAGUUUUAUACAGCAUACAUUAGGUUUUUGAUAUUAAGAAAUUUGAUCUUAAAGGAAUUUAUUAUUUUUCUCUCUCGAAUCAUCUCAGAUCUGCGACCAAAGACACAUGUAUCAGUGGUGUUUGUGCUUCUGUAGCUGUUAAACGAGGUCAUCUGUUUAUUCUGAAAUGUUAUUGGUCCAUUGUGUUUGUAAAUUCAUUUUUGUUUUUAAUAUUUGAAUAUAAUAAAGUCAUGUAAAAGAU